UUUUAAUUUCAGAUCUGCCAUGAGUGAAGUUCAACAGAAAAUGUUACAGCGGUUUUGUCUCUGGGAAUGGUUGGCUGUAGGAAUUGUGAUUGUUACUGUUUUUGCUGAUUGUUUGGCCCAGAAUGAUGAUGACUGGCAAUAUGAGGACUGCAAGUUGGCCAGGGCAGGUCCUCCAGCCACAAUAGUUCCUAUUGAUGAAGAAAGCCGAAACGGCACUAUCCUUGUGGACAGUAUGCUGAUAAAAGGGACAGCAGGAGGGACUGAUCCCACUAUUGAGCUAUCAUUGAAGGACAACAUUGAUUACUGGGUGAUCCUGGAUCCCAUCAGCCAGAGAUUGUACCUAAACAGUACCGGACGACUUCUGGACAGAGAUCCACCAAUGUCAAUUCAAUCCAUUGUGGUUCAAGUCCAGUGCAUUAACAAAAAAGUUGGCACUGUUAUCUAUCAUGAAGUACGGAUUGUGGUGAGGGAUAGGAAUGAUAACUCCCCUCGUUUUCAGCAGCAGCAGUACCGUGUGGCAGUGAAUGAGUUAACACCAGUUGGAACAACCAUCUUUACAGGAUUCUCUGGGAACAAUGGUGCCACAGACAUAGAUGAUGGUCCCAAUGGCCAGAUAGAAUAUGUCAUUCAGUACAAUCCUAAUGACCCGACAUCCAAUAGGACCUUUGACAUUCCUCUCACUUUGUCUGGAGCGGUAGUUUUACGGGAGAGACUUAAUUAUGAAGAAAAGACACGUUACUUUGUUAUUGUUCAAGCAAACGACCGGGCUCAAAAUCUUAAUGAACGAAGAACAAGCACAACUACCCUCACUGUUGAUGUGCUCGAUGGAGAUGAUCUUGGACCAAUGUUUCUCCCUUGUGUCUUAGUGAAUAACACUCGUGACUGUAGGCCACUUACCUACCAAGCCAGCUUACCAGAAUUGAUUGACCCAACACGAGUGAACCCCAUCAAUGUCACUCCACCAAUAGAAGCUAUAGAUCAGGACAAAAACAUCCAGCCUCCUACUGAUCGACCACACAUCGUCUAUUCCAUCCUACUUGGGACUCCUGAGGAUUAUCCACAAUACUUCUGUAUGAAUCUUACAACAGCUGCACUCCAUCUCCUAAAGCCAAUAAACAGGGAUUUGCACCAGAAAUUUGAUUUGGUUAUUAAGGCAGAACAAGACAAUGGUCAUCCACUUCCUGCCUUUGCCAAUUUACAUAUCGAAGUCCUGGAUGAGAACAAUCAGAAGCCUUACUUCACAGAAUCUCUGUAUAAGGGAUUUAUUCUGGAGUCCUCCCCAGUGGGCACAACCAUCUCCGACAACCAGAAUUUAACUUCUCCACUACAAAUCAUAGCUUUGGACAAUGAUGUAGAAGAGAGAAAGGAUCCACAGCUCCAUAUUUUCCUAAAUGAUUAUAAUACAAUUUUCACUGUGACUCAGACUGGUAUUACCCGCUACCUCACCUUACUCCAACCAGUUGAUAGAGAGCGCCAGCAGUUAUACACCUUCUCGAUUACAGCUUCUGAUGGUGUACAGGAGAGUACUGCAGUUAUGGUCAAUAUCCUUGUUAUUGAUGCAAAUGAUAACUCACCAACCUUCUCCAACAUAUCAUAUAAUGUGAAGAUUUACACAGACAUGAGGCCUGGGGAAAGCAUUAUAAAGCUCAGUGCCAUAGAUGAAGACCAAGGGCCAAAUGGGCAGAUCAUAUAUGAAAUCCUGGCUGGGGACCAGGGAGACUUCAUCAUUAAUGACCAAACGGGCCUUAUCACCAUCGCUCCAGGAGUUGUAUUGUCAGUAGGGAGAUCCUAUGCUCUCACUGUCAAAGCAUCUGACAAUGCCUCUCCUGCACAGAGAAGGAGCUCCAUCACUACUGUUUACAUUGAGGUACUUCCUCCAAACAAUCAGAGCCCUCCCCGCUUUCCCCAGCUGAUGUACAGUCUUGAACUCAGUGAGGCCAUGAGAACUGGUGCGAUUUUGUUAAACCUGCAGGCCACUGACCGAGAGGGUGACCCAAUAAGAUACCUCAUCCAAAAUGGAGAUCCUCAACAUGUUUUUAAUCUCUCUGAAACUUCUGGACUUCUUGCCUUAGGAAAGCCCUUGGACAGAGAAAGCACCGAUCGCUACAUUUUGAUUGUUACAGCCUCGGAUGGCAGACCAGAUGGGACCUCAACUGCCACUGUCAAUGUCGUGGUUACUGAUGUAAAUGACAAUGGACCAGUCUUUGAUCCCUUUCUACCUAAAAAUCUGUCUGUACAAGAAGAGGAAGUGAAUGCUUUUGUUGGACAAGUGAAGGCUAUGGACCCAGAUGCUGCAGUAAAUGGCCAGGUUCAUUACAGUUUGGUAAACUUCAACAAUGUUUUCCGCAUCACAUCAAAUGGUAGCAUUUACACAGCCGUUAAACUGAACAGAGAAACAAGGGACUACUAUGAACUUACUGUAGAAGCAACAGAUGGAGCUGUGGACCCCCGCCGUUCAACAUUAACUCUGGCAGUCAAGGUUCUGGAUAUUGAUGACAACAGCCCUAUGUUCACCAAUGCCUCCUACACUGUUUCUGUUCCAGAAAAUCUACCCCCUGGCACAGUCUUCCUGCGAAUAGAGGCAAAGGAUGUUGACAUUGGUUCAAAUGUUACCUAUCGGAUACGAACACAGGAAGCACGGCAGUUUUUUUCACUGAACAAGUUUACAGGAGAAUUAUCACUUUUAAAAUCCUUGGAUUAUGAGUCAUUCUCUGGUACUGAGGCAACCUUUACCUUUCUAGUGGAAGCUUUUGAUAGUGGUGGAACUAUGCCUCCAGGACUUGCAACUGUGACAGUGAGAGUAAAGGAUAUGAAUGAUUACUCCCCAGUAUUUAGCAAAGCUCUCUACAGGGGAAUGGUUGCUCCCGAUGCAAUCAAGGGCACUGUUAUCACUACAGUUUCAGCUGAAGAUCAGGAUCCUCCGGGUACGCCAGCAAGUCGUGUAAGGUACAAAGUAGAUGUCAUCCAGUUCCCUUACAGUGCCAGCAUUUUUGAUGUAGAGGAAAAUUCAGGGCGUGUAAUAACCCGAGUAAAUCUUAAUGAAGAGCCUAGCACGAUAUUUAAGGUAUGAAUAUCAAGCAGAAUAUUCAUAGACAUUAAAAAA